GAUGGAGGAGGAUGAAUCUGAAUAGAGUACCCGCUUUGAACGUGUGGGGAUAAUUUACAUUAAAGUCGUGGAUGGUGAAGAUGCCGCUUGAACUUGCGUUGGGAAGGACUGUGAACUCUACGUGUGUCGUGAGUUGCAUGACACCGAAUGAGAGCAUACAUGUAAGAGAGGUUCUUAAACUCGGUACAUUGGCGCAGAAGAUAAUGUUGAUACUCAUGAUUAGGUGGAGAAAUGAAGAAAUAAAAUAAAAUAUUAGCGGUCCAGCACGAUUUGAUAUAACAAAUCAACUUGGAAAAGUAUCAAUUACGAAAAGUUAAUUUCUCGGUCAGACCUCAUAUCCAAGAUGAAGCCACCAGCAUAGUUUCGUCUUUGUAGAGAUGUUAGAAUAUGGCAAUUUCAGUGUUGUUAGCAUACGAUCAGAUUCUUGCGUCCAGGGGUGUUGUUAACAACAAAACCCCUGGACACAUAUUCCAAAACUUAGUGAUCCAAGUUGGCGUCU